AUGGGCGCAGAGGCAGGGCAGCAAAAGAAACCUUCACAAAUUGUCAGAUUAGACAAUGCCUUCAAAUUGGCUGAACAAUGGAUUAAUAACAUGAGUAAGGCUGUAGAAGAUGAACCACCAAAUGUAGAAUCAGAGGGCCGGCCUUCUAGGCUUGGACUUGGUGCAAAAGAAGUUCCACGCCAAUCUAAAGCUAGACAGUCAAAUGACCCUGUCGAAAGGAGGUUACAUGCAAAGUUGGAAGCCGGAAAGAGAAGAGCUGCUAAAAGUAUUGAAGAUUCCAUUCUACCUGCUAGAGAUGAUAAUGCGGAUGAUGACAGCAGUGAAGAAUCAGAAAGCAGAACCAAAACAUUUGCAAAGAAGAGACCAGGUCCUCUUGCUCCAUCUCUACAUGUAAAGAAGAAACAGAACGAUAAUGGGAAAAGACAAUCAACCUCGACUAAUGCCCCAAUCCCAUUUGACAAGAAUUUGGGGGAGUAUAUUACAACUACUGAUGAUACUGAUUGGCUGAAGAAGAGUCCUGUGGGUGUUCUUUCCAAAAGAAUUGAUUAUGCCUCCGUUAAAUAUGAGCUUAAAAGAUAUGGUGUGAGUACCAUUGGCUUGCAAUUUCCUGGUGUGUCUAUGGCUCUAAUCGCUUUUGUUUCAGCGGAUCAUAUGUAUUAUGUUCGGAUAAUUUGCAGUCUAUUUUGGCUUUGUGCACAAUUGCAAGGUUUACCUCUACAACAACGGAAUAAGGGUUGUCUCAAUCUAAUACUAAGUCAUUUUGGUUGA